AUGUCUAUGCAAAGGGAAGAGUCCAUCGGUUGCCCGCAUCUCGUAGCCGUUUUCGCCGAUAACAACAGAAGGACAAGUUUCCUGGACAGAUACUGCACUGUUGUCCGAUGGAACGUCAACAGAUACCAAGAAGUGUCUUACUCUAUCAAACGCCGAAAGAUAUCUCCGCCCCAAUGCAGUAUUUGCAAUAUCGCCUUAUCCAGAGUGUAUGCAUGCCUUCAUUGCCCCGUCUCAUGCUGCUGGGAUGGUGGGCAUAUCAAAGACCACCUUCAAGACACUGGCCAUGACUUUUGCGCAGACGUGAAGACAGGGAACGUUUACUGCGUUGAAUGCGACGACUUCAUCUACGACCGUACCAUAAAUCGACAAUAUGCGUCAGUCACGUUAUCAGCCGAAGAGAAGGCUUCACAAUUCCAGGAUAAGUCGAAACGUGGACGAGAACCAUUCACCACGUGGUAUGCUAGUGCUCAAGAACUCACUUUAUUGAGGAACACAACACCGUCUCCUUGUCAUGGCCGGAGAGGCUUGAUCAAUCUUGGGCAAACCUGUUUCAUGAAUGUCAUUCUACAAUCACUAAUUGCGAAUCCCCUGUUGCGCAAUUACUACCUGAGCGAUAAGCAUAACAGCAAGCUCUGCAAGCUCAAAGAUUGUACUUCCUGUGAGAUGGACAAGCUAUUCUCAGAAGUUCAUUCGGAUAACAGUUCGCCCUAUGGACCUAUCGACUUGCUAGCGAAGACCUGGAGGAUCUCCUCGGAGCUUUGCGGGUACGCCCAACAGGACGCCCACGAGUUCUUCAUUGCAGCACUGAACCAAAUUCAUGCGACAUGCCGAGGAUCGACAUCUCUCCAGUGCAUCUGCGUUAUUCAUUCGACUUUCGCCGGCCUCCUUCAAAGCGAUGUCAAAUGCGAACGAUGCGGCAAAGUGGCAGACAAGACAGAUCCGAUGCUCGAUAUAAGCCUUGAACUCAAAGGGGAGAACGGCACCGAGCAGAAUCUUACUCUCGCCUCGUGUCUUCGCAGGUAUACUCAUCCUGAGAAGCUCGGGCCGAACGAGUAUAGCUGCGAGAAAUGUGGCAAGGCCUCUCACGCGAGCAAGCGUUUGAGCAUCCGAAAACUGCCUCCUGUUCUCAGCUUUCAGUUCAAGCGGUUCGAGCACAAGACGGCAGACAAAUCCGCGGCUCGUAAAAUAGAGGCGCCGGUCCGUUUCCCCGCAUCGCUAAAUAUGGCGCCGUUCACAACUUUGGUCAUGCACAAGCAAGAGCAGAUCAAGGACAACGUCGGUCCCGGAGGUGCAAGCCUUGUCCCUGACAAGUCGCUCGGUCCUGAGACGACGUACGAGUACGACCUCUUCGCCGUCGUCUGCCAUGAGGGCCAGAUCGACAACGGCCACUAUACGUGCUACGCACGCUCGAAAGACGAGUGGUACCGGUACGACGACGACAAGGUCUCGCAUGCGACGCUCGCCGCCUGCCUCGCCGCGCAGGCCUACAUGUGCUUCUACGUCAAGCGCCACCUCGACUACAGGCCGUACGUCACGCCCUCCUACGUCGUCACGCGCGAGCAGGAGGCCGUCAAGGAGCGCGAGCGCGAACGCGAGAAGGCUGCCGCGCUCGCGCGCGAGGUCGACGACGAGCUCCUCGCCGCUAUCUAG